AUGUCUUUCUUCGACGGAAUCCCAGUCGCACCACCAAUAGAGGUGUUCCACAAGAACAAGCUCUACCUGGAAGAGACUGCUCCCGUCAAGGUCAACCUCACCAUUGGAGCCUAUCGUACCGAGGAGGGACUUCCAUGGGUGCUUCCAGUUGUUCACGACACUGAAGUCGAGAUUGCCAAUGAUACUACUCUCAACCACGAGUAUUUGCCAGUUUUGGGACACGAGGGAUUCCGUAAAGCUGCUACCGAGUUGGUUCUCGGAGAGGAUUCGCCAGCUAUCAAGGAGGGACGCUCUUUCGGUGUUCAAUGCUUGUCCGGAACUGGAGCUCUUCGUGCUGGAGCUGAGUUCUUGGCUCAUGUUUGCAACAUGAAGACUGUUUAUGUCAGUAACCCGACUUGGGGAAACCACAAGCUCGUCUUCAAAAAAGCCGGAUUUUCCGAGGUCCGCGACUACACCUUCUGGGACUACGACAACAAACGUGUCCACAUCGAGAAGCUCCUCUCCGAUCUUGAGAAUGCUCCAGAAAAGUCAGUCAUCAUUCUCCACGGAUGCGCUCACAACCCAACCGGAAUGGACCCAACUCAAGAUCAGUGGAAGUUGAUUGCCGAGGUCAUCAAGAGAAAGAACCUCUUUACAUUCUUCGAUAUCGCCUACCAAGGAUUCGCUUCUGGAGACCCGGCCGCUGAUGCUUGGGCCAUCCGCUAUUUUGUUGAGCAAGGAAUGGAAAUGGUUGUUUCUCAGUCUUUCGCCAAGAACUUUGGACUCUACAACGAACGUGUUGGAAACCUCACAGUUGUUGUCAACAACCCAGCCGUCAUUGCUGGAUUCCAGUCGCAAAUGUCCUUGGUCAUCCGUGCUAACUGGUCCAACCCACCAGCCCACGGAGCCCGUAUUGUCCACAAGGUGCUCACAACCCCAGCUCGCCGUGAGCAUUGGCAUCAGGCCAUCCAGACCAUGUCUUCUCGUAUCAAGGAGAUGAGAGCCGCGUUGUUGGGACAUUUGAAGCAACUCUCGACACCAGGAACUUGGGACCACAUCACUCAACAAAUUGGAAUGUUCAGCUACACCGGAUUGACUUCUGCCCAAGUCGACCAUCUCAUCGCCCACCACAAAGUCUUCUUGCUCAGCGACGGACGCAUCAACAUCUGCGGACUUAACACCAAAAACGUUGAGUACGUCGCCAAGGCCAUCGACGAGACUGUUCGCGCUGUCAAGAGCAACAUCUAA